UCUGCUAUAAAAGAAUUGAUUCUGAAAAUUUCUCGUCAUUUCUCGUUUACCCGUCUAUCGAAAAAGUCGGAAAUUCUACCUACUAACUUGGAAUGGCUCGUACAAAGCAAACCGCUCGUAAGUCUACCGGAGGAAAGGCUCCUCGUAAGCAGCUGGCUACCAAAGCUGCUCGCAAGAGUGCCCCAGCCACCGGAGGAGUAAAGAAACCUCAUCGCUAUCGACCAGGAACAGUCGCCCUGCGUGAAAUUCGUCGUUACCAGAAAUCCACCGAAUUGCUGAUCCGCAAGCUGCCAUUCCAGCGUCUGGUUCGUGAAAUCGCUCAGGAUUUCAAAACCGAUCUGCGUUUCCAGAGUUCGGCCGUCAUGGCUCUGCAGGAAGCUAGUGAGGCUUAUUUGGUCGGUCUGUUCGAAGACACUAAUCUGUGCGCCAUCCACGCCAAGCGUGUGACAAUUAUGCCAAAGGACAUCCAGUUGGCCCGUCGCAUCCGUGGAGAACGUGCUUAAAUUUGACAUUAUUUACAAUUCAUAAUCGGUCCUUUUCAGGACCACCAUAAAUUUAGAAAAGAACUGUGGGCGGAAUGCUUCGUUUCCGAAAUUGUUAACAGACAAACGGUAUUAAUUUGAGUGAUGAAAUAAUUACCAGCAUUGACGCGUCCUACCAACCAUUCGCAUAAAAUAGAUUCUCAAGUUCGGCAUGGAGAAAUGUCGAAUUAGUUUGUCAAACGCGUAAUUUUACUGAUUUUUCAAUCGUCGUUUUGUCGAAAAUUUGCAAACAGACAUAGAUACUAGUAUUCCUAUCUAUGCUAUUUGCAACCUUCACCAGCGUAUCAAAACAGCCUUAGAACUAAAUUGACCGAAAUUUAGGAUAUACGUUCCACGAUGGUGAUUUUUUUGGAUUCACCCGGACACCGGAGGUAGGUCAUGUCAACGUCAUUAACGAUGUUUUCCGAACUCGUUACCAGUUUCCUUUACAGUUUUUCUUACGUUUCA